AUGGUCUUUAUUGAAGAACUAUCACGUGGCCCACCUCACGUAUCGCGAGGAGAUGAUCACGACCAAAGAAAACACCGAUAUGCCUCAAAGGCAUCUGAUUGUUCCUCCUGCUUUCUUCCUGAAGAACACUCCUCAGAUGGACAGCAUCAACUCUAUCAUCAUUACCCACUACUUUUGCUAGUCGUGCCAUUGGUGACCCUUUUCUACAUGUCAGCUACCAGCAAUCUGAAGUCACCUUCAGAUACCCUUGUCUUUUCACUCGGGGUGUUAUCCUAUGUGAUUGGGAUGGAUCUGACCAUGUCACGAACCGUAAGUCCAGUGGACUUGUUUAUAGAGUAA